AAUACAGCAAGUAAACUUCAAGAUAUCAUCUGAAGAUGGCCGAGCAUCAAGGGGUUCGGAUUCCGCGAGUGAAACUCGGAACUCAGGGUCUUGAGGUUUCGAAGUUGGGUUUUGGCUGUAUGGGACUCACGGGUAUGUACAAUGAUCCUGUCCCGGAGGAAGUAGGCAUAUCGAUCAUCACCGACGCGUUCGCUCAGGGGAUAACAUUCUUCGACACGUCGGAUAUAUAUGGACCCAAAAUCAAUGAGAUUCUUGUUGGAAAGGCAUUGAAGAAGUUGCCGCGGGAGGAGGUGCAGCUAGCUACCAAAUUUGGUGUGAUGAAACUCGGAGCGGACAUCGUGAUCAAGGGGACGCCUGAAUACGUCCGCUCAUGUUGCGAGUCGAGCCUCGAGCGCCUUGGCGUCGAGUACAUUGACCUCUAUUACGUGCAUCGGAUUGACACAUCGGUCCCGAUAGAGGAAACUAUGGGAGAACUGAAGAAGUUGGUGGAAGAGGGAAAAAUCAAGUACAUCGGCUUGUCGGAGGCUAGCCCCGACACCAUACGGAGAGCGCACGCGGUUCAUCCCAUCACGGCCUUACAGAUGGAGUGGUCGCUCUGGACUCGCGAAAUCGAGCAAGAAAUCGUCCCGCUCUGCAGGGAGCUAGGAAUCGGCAUCGUUCCGUAUUGCCCUCUCGGUAGUGGGUUCUUCGGUGGCAGGGGAGUCACAGAAACUGUGCCCGCAAAUAGUUUUCUGAGAAAUUUUCCUAGGUUUGAAGCAGGGAAUUUGGACAAAAACAAGGUUCUUUACGCACGAAUGGAGAAGUUAGCGAAAAAGCACAGUUGCAGCCCUAUACAGCUUGCACUCGCGUGGGUUCUCCAUCAAGGAGAUGAUGUUGUGCCCAUCCCUGGAACGACGAAAAUUAAGAAUCUCCAUGGUAACAUUGGUUCCUUGAGUGUGAAGCUUACGGAGGAUGACGUGAAAGAGAUCUCGGAUGCCGUACCGAUUGAGGACGUUGCUGGCAACAGGAACAGUGAGCACAAUGUCCGCUCCUCGUGGAAGUACGCGAACACGCCCGUGAGAGAUGGCAAACCGUCGGCUUAUUAGACUCCUUUUGAGUGUGUUGAUGAAGCUAUUAGUAAUUAAACCAAAUUUGUAUGUCCUACAUGCAUGCAUAUUGACUGUUCAUGUUUCUAUGUCCAGUUCAAUAUUUCGUAAAUUCAAAGAAUCUAUCUCCUUGAAUAGUUUGUCCCUUGCCUUUUUCGCGGUAUCACUGUAAGAGCCCUUGCGUCCUUUUACAGUUGCUCUACUAAAACACUCGCAACUUAUUUCGAAGCCGUUUAUCUUUUUUCCACGAUGUCCCGUAUGUAUAGUCAUAGUUAUUCCCAUCAAAAGUAGAGAUGGGUAAUUUUCGUAAGGAAACGUCGGACAUAGUUUUAGUGUCUUGGAAAUGUAGUUGGGUGAUUUAGUAGAAGUUGAUUAGGACAAAUGCCCAAUACCAACCGAAUGAGACUCUGGCUCUGGCUUUAGUAGACGGUGGUCAGGACAAAUGCCCAAAAACAACCGAAUGAACCUAUAGCUUUGAUACUAAUUGUUGGAUUUUGGUUUGAUACUAAUGUUGGGUUGCAGAAGAUACUACUGCUGGUUUUUGUUGAGUGGGUGCAAGUGUGUAUACGUGUGUGAAACAAGACUUUGGUAAGGGAUCAAGCGAAGGAGCAAGAGAGGCAAGGUAGGGAAAUUCUAUUGAGUAGUGCAAUGGUGUUACGACGAGAGUGGGACUUUGAGAGUUCGUGCAGCAGAAGUGGAGGAGGUCAAGGAGAUGGAUCACUCCUUUAACAGAGAAGA